AUGGCCAUUGUGGAAGAAGUGGCUAACAUUCGCGAAUGGACUCUUCUACGCAUCCAAUGGAGCGAUGACGGGUCCGAUGAUGGCUGGAGGCCUCUUGCUGUCAAAUUCGGUCGACGUCCAGUAUACCUAACAAGCAAUUUCCUCAUGGGUAUCGCCUGCAUCUGGCUCGCUAUUGCCUCGGAAAAGACAUACCCCGUUUUCGUCCUAGCUCGCGCUUUCCUUGGUCUUUGGGAAGCUCCAAUUGAAGCUAUCGUUCCUAGUACUGUUGCCGACAUAUUCUUUCUACAUGAGCGAGGAGAAAAAAUAUCCAUAUACGGCCUCAGUGUGCUUGGUGGAAAUGAAAUCGGUCCUCUGAUAUCAGCAUACGUUAUCCAAAGUCUCAGUAUGCGAUGGGCUUUCUUCAUUGUGGCGAUCUGCAUUGGCGUGAAUAUGGUAACUAUGUUUUUCUUUAUGCCCGAAACAAAGUUCACAGGAUACAGGGCUGUCUUGGUUGCUCUUGAGAACGAUUCGGCAACUAGAGAUGAUCAAAAGUCUGCAGGGUCUGAGCAUCGUGAAAACAUAGUGGUCAAUUUGCGUGAAGAUGCAAUUGAGGAAGAUCGAUCAAGAAGUCCCAAGAAGAAAACAUUCGUCCAAGAGCUCGCUUACUGCAGUACGACGGAGUCUCGACUUAGCCUGUUCAAGAUCUUCCUGCGACCUUUUGUUCUUAUGACAUUUCCGACUGUGCUAUGGGCUAGUGCGCUAUACGGGAUGUCUCUGAGUUGGAAUCUGAUAUUGGGUGCUACGGUAGCACAGCUUUUUGCCCAUACAACUUCUCCUCGGGAACCGCAAGGACUUACUUUCUUGUCUCCCUUCAUAGGUUCGCUCAUUGGUACCUAUCUUUGCGGACCCAUUGCAGACCGAGUCGCUACAUAUUUCACGAUCCGUAAUGACGGUAUUCGAGAGCCUGAAAUGCGUCUACCAACAUGCAUCGUCGCAGCAGCUCUUACGAUGACCGGAGCUGUCAUAUCUGGCGUUACGUAUCACUACAAAACACACUGGUCAGGCCCUAUCAUUGGAUUCGCAGUACUAUCCGCUGGUGCGCAGAUGGGUGCAACAUUGAGCAUGAGCUAUGCUUUAGAUUGCCACAAAGAUCUUUCUGCCGAACUCAUGGUCACUGUAUCCUGUCUCAAGUCCACCGUGGCAUGGAUCUGGACAUGGUGCAUCAACGACUGGAUCGCCUCCAAUGGCACUAUUGUGGUCUUUAUCGCCGUGGCCUGUUUGAAUAUGGUGGUGUAUGGAAUUGCGUUCAUCUUCCAUCUGAGAGGAAAACAGAUGCGAAUUUGGAUACAUAAGAAAAACUUCUUAUCAGGGCUGGAGUUCUAG